CUGGAAAAGAGUGAAUGGGCAGCCAUCUUUGUUAGGGGCAGUGCCCGCGGCUACGGAGCGCGAGUGAGGCCACGAAACUUCCGGCCGCUAGCUGGUGAUUCCCGGCACCCGCGGGCGUGGAGUGCCGCGGGAUGCGGGGAGGCGGUGAGCGUUAGGUUCGUUUGGGACUCGCCGUGCGAUGGCCCGGGCGCCCCGCUCCAGUGGCCUUCUGCCUCCACUCGCUAACGUACCUGCGUCGUGGGCGCAGCCCGUGGGCGCUGGGGAGGACCGGGGCGAGGGAAGGCGCGGAGGGCCCGGGCUACUGGCUGCGGGGAGCGUCCCGCGCCCGGACUUCGGCAGGCAGCCGUGGGCUCCCACGUCGGCAAGCGGCCCGAUGCCCUUCGCUCUGCAGCGGCUCCGGGCCGUGUUGCUGCGUCUGCACCGCGAGCGGGAACAGCUCGUGCUAGCCCGGGACUAUGCCCGCCACCUGCGGGCGGUCGUGCGGCUGCUCCGCUCCGACUCCCCGGAGGAUUCCCUCUCCCUGCAGCAGCUUCAUGGUGACCUGCAGCUGUGCCCUUCGCGAGGGGCGGCUCCGCGCCUCGGCCUCCCGGGCUCCGCGGACACGCUUCUCCUGGCUCGCCCCGUCGGGCUAGCAGCCCAGCGCUUGGAUGCUGUCAUCGAGAUGCAGCUUCGCGCCCUAGGCCGGGCACCCGCUAGCCUGGGCCUGACGUCCCAGCUAGCCGAACUGCUGCUGGCCCUUCCGUUCUACCAUACUCUACAGGGACAAGCCCUGAGCUGCGUCCCCGGGGCCGCGCACCCAUUUCAUACAGCCCGUGUGCUCCAGCUCCUAGCUGCAGAACGGGGUUGUCAGGUGGCAGAUAGGCUGGCUGAGGCCUUUGGCGGAUCAGGCUUGCAGGAUCAACUCUGUCGGCUGUGCGACGAGGAGCGCGAGCUGAUGCCGGGGCUGCUGGGCCUUAUAGGGGGCGUGGCUGGCACCAACAGUCGUGGACUGAGGCUUGGAGGACCUGGAGCCCUGUGGAGCCAGUAUUGGACCUUGCUGUGGACAGCCUGUGCUCAGAGUCUGGACUUAAGCGUGGGACCCUGGGGCGACCCUAGAGCAGUUGCACAACAGCUGAGUCAGGCACUGGGUCAAGCACCCCUACCUCAAGAGUGUGAGAAGGAGCUGUCGUCUGUAUGUCACGGCCUACUUCAUCAGUCUCUUAUCUGGAGCUGGGACCAAGCGUUCUGCCAAGCCUUGGGAUCAGCCCUGGGAGGUCAGAACAGCCGGUCCUCGCCAUCUACUGCUGAGCUGUGGCAGCAGCUUUUUCCUCCCCUCUUGGACGCCCUUCAACAGCCUAGAUCAGAAGUUAGCCCGUGUCAGCCUCCAGGUCCCUCACCUGUCGCUCUGGGGCUCUGUACCCUGCAGACCACCUUGCUCUGGUUCUUGGGCAGAGCUCAGCAGCACCUGGCAGCAUGGGCCCCCGGUUCCUUCCUGUUCCUGAUCCAAAAGGACUUGCCUCCCCUGCUGCGUGCAGUGGAAGCUCUGUCCAGCCUGGCCUCGGAGGCAACCUCAACCCUGGAGGUGCAGCAGCAGCUGUGCCUAGAGAUCCAGAAGCUGACUGCAAAGAUGCAGCGCCUGCCCGAAGAGUCACUGGGUCUUUUUUUCCAAGAAUGUCAUAAGCAAGCUACCCAGGGCUUCAAGCUCCACAUGCCAAGGGGUCGCUACUGGAGGCGUCGACUGUGUCCUGAACAUCCUAGCGCUCCCAGUGACUAUGCAAGGAUGGUGGUCUACACUGUGUUGGAGCCCGUGUUGCAAGGACUGCGGGGAUUGCCGGCCGAAGCACAAGCACCUGCCCUCAGCCAGGCACUGACAGCCACACUGAGUGCCUGGCUUGACCACAUCCUCACACAUGGGAUCCGGUUCAGCCUGCAGGGGGCGCUGCAGCUCAAACAAGACUUCGGAGUGGUGAGGGAGUUUCUGGAACAGGAGCAGUGGGGCCUGUCCAGGGAGCUUCGCCAGACCCUGCUCUCCCUCAGCAUCUUCCAGAGGCUAGAUGGGGCCCUGCUGUGUCUACUGCAGCAGCCCCUGCCGAAGAAUUCAGUCCACAGAAGGGUUCCCUGUUGCUGUUCUUGUAAUGAGGUCCAGACCACUGAACUACCUACCAGCAGCCUCAACAGCCUAGAAAGCCUGGCACCCCCUCUACGGCUUGGAGUCUCCCCAGCCCAGAACACUCACCUGCUAAGCACCCUGGGAGGAGGAGGGCCUAGCCCUGAGGCUUACCUGGCUGGAAACCAGCAGGCCUGGCUUGCCCUGAGGCUGCACCAGCGUCCUCGUUGGCGCCUGUCUUUUCUUUCUUGCCUGGGGACGAGUCCUGACCCCUAAGUUGCCUAAGACCAGGAGUUCCAAAUCGUGCCGCAGACAAGGAACUGUAUGUUAGAGAGGCUUAAAGCUGGGAGCUUGGUAGGACACGUACAUAAACCUCACAGUCUGGAAUUGAAGCCGAGAUCACGCUAAUGCCUGCAACCCAGAGUACUAGGCAAACUACAGGCCGAAACCUCAAAGUCAGCAUCCAUGAUGGCACUCUACAGCUAGAAAUAGACGGGGCUGCUACAGGGUUGCCUCUCAAGAGACAGAAGCAAACUACUUGCUUUCUCUUGAAUCCCAGGAGCAAAGCUAAGAAUUCACAAGGGAAACAGAGCUGGAGCAAGCGUUUCUACAGGUGGAGAGCCUGUCUUGCCCCUUCCCCAUUUCUACUUUUAGUCAUUAAGCUGUAGGACCUU